AAUUAAUUAAAAAUCUUUAUAAAAAAAAAGAUCUACGCUGGGAUAAGAUUGUUUCGAAUAAUGUCAUUAAUUGUCAAAUCCAUCGAAUAGAUUCCGCUGUAUAUAUUUAUGGAUGGAAUGACCAUGGAAGUGGAAUGAUAAAACGAUCGUUCCCAGCAAGGGUUCCGCAGGAAGAGAAUUUGCGGUCGGGGAUUUUGAAAGAACGCGAGGAGAGAGAGAGAGAAACACGAGAGAUUAAUGGAAGCUAAAUAUAUAACAUGUGUUUUAUAAACACAUGUGCGUAUAUACUGUGGGAUAUACAAAGAGCCAGAACAGUCAGCUAAGUGUUCAGUAUUAGCGAGCAAGAGCGCGCAGCAGGAAGUCAUCAAUUCGACAUCAAGGAAAUUGAUCAAACCACAGAUCUAACAAGAUGUUUAUGAAUUAUCACGUAUUGUCAAAAUCUGGCUAAAAAAAUCAUACUGUGAAUCCGUUUAUUAACGCGAAAUCAAUAUUAUUGAUAUGUAGAGGAUGACGUCAAGCUGAUUUAGUGAAGAAAUUUUCUACGACUCGCUAUGUAAUUGUAAUGCCAAUUUAUUAGUCUUUUUUUUUUUAAAGUGCGAGUUCAAAGAAAAAUGUGACUAUGUCGAUUCUCAGUAAGAAGAACUUCUUCGAGAAAUUCACCGGUAGUCGUUUGACGCGAGAGGCGCCGAGAAUGGAGACUGCCAAUAACAAGACGCCAUCGACCGUAAUCAACAACGAGGAAAAACAUGAGGAUAUUUGGUUGAACGAGAUAGAAAAUGGCAGCAUCUCCUCCGAGGACAGCUCGGAAUCUGUCACGUGUUAUAUACGAGCUGCAUCGAUGACGCAGGAACAACCCUGGAGCAAGGAGGAGAUUAAAAUGGCUUUAUCGAAUCUUCCGGGAGGCGAGACCGCUCUAUCUCUGAUUUCCGUUCUUCAUGGCGAUGCUCUACAAAAGGUUUUGGAAGAAUUUCAAUGCUUGACUCUCAACGGAAAUGCAGACCUCAAGCAUCGCAAGAUCUCGUUAUCCACGUUUGCGAAUGGAUUUAUGCGAAAAGCUCUGUUGGCUAACGAAAACGGAGCAGCGGCCGGCGCGACUCCGGGACAGCUACUUGCAAGAUGGCCAGACACAUGUCUGCUGAUUUCUAGUUGGCUGGGUCACGUAGAAAUCGCGAAAGCUUUAUUGGACAAAGGCGCACCAGCUUCCGCAAGCGACAAUGAUGGAAGAACGUCGUUACAUCUGGCAGCGUGCGCCGCAUCUACGAAAAUUGUGGAGGAGCUACUGAAACACGGCGCUGAUCCAUGUAAGUGGGAUCUCGGGAAAAAAUGCACCCCGUUGCAUUGUGCUGCCGCAGCUGGUUGCGUUGCUACCGUCAGGUGCCUGAUUAAGUCUGGCGCGGAUGUAGAUGCCGGAUUGUCCGGCAGAAGUCCGCUUCAUUACGCCGUGCUGAAUAAUGCCGGGGAUUGCGUCGAGGCUCUAUUGCAAGCAGGUGCUUGUCCUAAUAAUCCACAGGUUUACACAGAAACACCUUUGCACGUGGCGGUUGGUCUUGGCAAUGUCCGUUGCACCAAGUUGUUGUUGAGUCACGGCGCGGAUGUGAGAGUGCAAAUGGGAAUCGCGAGAUCGACGCCUCUACACUUAGCGGCUGAGGAGGGCAGCGCGGAAUGCACCAGGUUACUGCUAAACGCCGGCGCGAGCUGGGAAGCGAGAAAUUCGCGCGGUCAGGCGGCGAUACACUUGGCGGCGCUCGCCCAAUCUGUAGAGACGAUGGAUGUGUUGAUUAGUGUCGGCGCGACGGUAAACGCAGAAGACAAUGAAGGGCGCACCCCUCUACAUGCUGCGGUUGCGAAAGCCCUGAGAGGCUGCGAAUUGAUCAAGACUUUAAUACAAGCAGGUGCGUCAGUCAACAAAGCGGACAAGUUCGGUUACACGCCGCUUCAUAUCGCGGCCUUGAACGAGAGCUCGUCUACGGUAGUAGUGUUAUUGUCGAAAGGCGCUGACGUGACGGCGCGUACCAAAGGCGGCAUCACCGCCCUUAACUUCAUCAUACGCCGCACCCCGGAUGUGUUAUCGCGAUUUGUGGCGCGUCUCGAUCAAGCAAUCUCGCUGCACGAUCACGAGCUGGGCGACGUGGAUUGUGAGCUGCGAUUGGAUUUUCGGCCGUUGGUGCCGGGCGGUCGCAGCGAGACGAACCUGAUGCUCUGCCUGGUGGAGGUCGGUCAGGGCCAUAUGCUAAAGCACCCGCUAUGCGAGAGCUUUCUCUAUCUCAAGUGGCUGCGUAUCCGUAAGUUCUUCCUACUCAGUUUCAUGUUCCACUCGAUCUUCGUCGCUUUCUUCACCGGCUUCGUCGGCGCAACGUAUUUAUGGCACAUGGAGCGGCUGAGCAGUGUCCUCCUCUGGCCAGUCCUAGGUUUCACUUGCAUGCUCGCGAGUAAAGAGAUCUUCCAGAUCGCCCAUGGUAUUUGCUGUUACGCUAAACGCUGGGAAAACUGGCUGCAGUGGAGCGUGAUAGUGGCAUCUGGCAUUAUCCUGAUUCCGCCAGCGCGUGACUGGCAGCAUCACGUUGCCGCUUUGGGUAUCCUGCUGGCCUGGAUUGAGCUGAUGAUUGUGGUCGGUCGUUUUCCCAUGUUCGGCAUUUACGUACAGAUGUUUACCCAAGUAUCCAUCAAUUUCUUCAAGUUUCUCGCGGCCUACGUUUGCCUGAUAGUCGGUUUCUCUCUCGGCUUCAAUGUGCUGCACAAAAAGUACAAGUCCUUCGCUAAUCCGCUGAUCAGUCUGCUCAAGACUGUGAUUAUGAUGUCCGGUGAGCUGGAAUUCGAGGACGUUUUCUUCGAUGAGAAGGCGCCGCUCGUGUAUCCUGGCACAGCACAUCUCAUGCUCCUUAGCUUCGUUAUCCUGGUAACAGUGAUUCUGACGAAUCUGAUGGUUGGCUUGGCUGUGUCAGAUAUCCAGGAAUUACGCAGAUGCGCCGGUCUCGAUCGAUUGGUACGUCGCGCCGAGUUGGUGGCUCACCUCGAGAACAUGCUGUUCUCGAAGCUGCUCGACUGCGCUCCCGCGUGCAAAAUAAUACAAGCGUGCAGGAGGAGCGCACUAUUGCUGCAUCCACCGUAUCACUGCGCCUUGCAUAUUCGGCCGAAUGAUCCGCGCGAAAGACGUUUACCGCGGGAACUCAUCCGGGCGGUGUAUCGCCUGGUCGGCGAGCGGAAAACGCGACGAGCGACCUUCCGUGGCGGCGUGCCACCGCAAAACAUUGUCGCGAAUGAACCGAAUCACGAGAGCCUCAGCAGAAUGUACAGUAACGAGAGUAAUCAGCAGCUGAACGAGCUCGCGGCCGAGCUGAAGAGAUGUUCGUAUAACAUCAGUACCAGGUUGGAUAGCCUGACGAACAAGAUGGAGAGUAUCGCUCGGGAUUUAAACCUGACGGUGCAUUUACGUUAACAUUGCCUAAUAUUCUGUUUGGAGCAUUUAAAUUGUUCGAACAAAGCGACAAACCGAAACACUCGGAUAAUCUGCCAGAGCAAAGUUCAAAAUUAAAGAUAGAAAUGUAAAAAUAUGAUAAAUCGCAAUUCAAGUAACUAGCAAUUAAAAAAUAAAUGUAAAUGCCUUGAGAUGUACACUUUAACGACCUAAUCCAUGGCGAUAAAAUAAAAAAAAUAUAUGAAUCUAAUGAAUCGCAUAUUUCCAAGACGAUUUAUAUAGAUACAUAUAUUUAUCAUGAAUUAUAUAAAAUUCAAUUAUUUUUUUAUUUUG